CUUUCGUUAGCAGGACCUUUGGUAUAUAGUUCACACUUCCUUAUGAUCAGCUUCUCCUCGAGCACUCAGUUUUACAUAAUUCUUCCAUCCCUAAUCUAAACCCAUAUCCAUCCUUGAAAGACCAAGGAUAUUAGUUUCCUUGAUUUCAACUCCUUUUUAAUGGAGGUCAUAACACAAGCCUCAGAAUCAAAACAACUAGUGAUGGCCGGAAACAGUAGUGAACAUGACCAAAAGUCCAUCACCAAGAACCGCUACCUCCCUCUCUUGAUCACCAACUAUUUUUGCCUCUUCCUCGGCUCUGUAUCCUCUACCUUGAUCUCCAAGUACUAUUUCCUCCACAAGGGAUCCAGCCGUUGGGUCUCCACAUGGGUCCAAUCCGCCGGAUUCCCCCUCCUUCUCUUCCCUAUUUUCCUCCCUUGCUAUCUCAAAUGCACUCCAAGAAAACCCUUCACAAAUUUCACCCCAAAACUGCUAAUCCUUUCAAUCUUAAUAGGCCUCAUGUUAGGCAUAAACAACCUUCUCUUCUCUUGGGGAAACUCUUAUCUACCCGUCUCGACUUCCUCUCUUCUUUUAUCAUCCCAAUUGGUAUUCAAUCUCAUUCUCUCUGUCAUCAUCGUCAAGCAGAGAGUCACCUUCACUAAUCUAAACUGCGUGGUUUUGCUCACCCUCAGCUCUGUCCUCUUAGCCCUCAGCCCGGCACACGACCGAGCUGCGGGCCUAACCCGAGCCAAAUACUUUGUAGGGUUUUUCUCCACCAUAGGUGCAGGGCUGUUGUUUGCCCUGUAUUUACCGAUGAUGGAGAUGAUAUACAGGAAGGUUUACUGCUUCUCCAUGGUCAUGGAAAUGCAGCUGGUAAUGGAGGUGGCGGCAACGGUGCUGGCGACAGUGGGGGUGGUUUGGGAUGGUGGGUUCAGGGAGCGCAGGGUGUUCGACAAGGGUGAGAGGGUCUACUGGGUAACGGUGGUGGGGAACGUGGUGACGUGGCAGCUGUGCUUUAUGGGGACGGCUGGGAUGGUGUUCCUGACGAGUUCGAUAACGGGAGGGAUUUGCAUGACAGCGCUGCUGGCAAUGAACGUGUUGGGAGGGGUUUUGGUUUUCGGGGAUGAGUUUGGCGGCGUGAAGGCGGUGUCAACAGUGCUGUGUGGGUGGGGGUUUUGUUCAUAUGUGUACGGUAUGUAUGUUAAGAUGAAGCUAGAGAUAGAUGAGAAAACUGAACCAGCUGGCAACAGUGACCAUCAGGCGAUGGAGAUGGUACAGAUUGUGACACCGGUGGCGGUAGACCAUUGUGUCCGAUAAUGAUAGUAGUUUUUCAAACUUAUAUUUUAAUAAUGUAAUUUUUGUAAGAAAAUUUCUAAAAAUAAAUUAUGUUUUUAAUA